AUGUUCCUUCUACGUCUUUUUGUCGGCAGUAUUCUAGCAUCUUCUACAAUAUCCGCCCAACAUGUCUCCAAAUGCGCGGGUAAUGUAUGCUUUGCCGUCAAUGUACCAGCAUCGACUGUUUCGGGUGGCUCAGGGGACAUAUACAUCCAUAUAAGCGGACCAGAUACAAUGUCCUGGAUAGGCAUUGGACAAGGCUCUGGUAUGAGAGGUUCCAAUAUCUUUGUGAUAUAUGCCGAUGCGGCUGGAACCAAUGUCACUCUCAGUUCUAGGCACGGCGUUGGACACCUAGAACCGAAUCCCGACAUCUCUGCUCAGGUGACUCUACUUGAUGGUUCCGGGAUUUCAAAUGGUCAAAUGGUAGCCAAUAUUAAAUGUUCAAAUUGUGAUAGCUGGAGCGGUGGAUCCAUGGGCUUCACUGAUGCUUCCUCGGAGUGGAUUUGGGCACACAAGACCGGCGCUGCUUUAUUUUCCAAUAGAAAUGAUGCAAGUAUUGAAUUUCACGACGAAUUUGGACUCGCCAAUCUGAACCUGCAGACAGCUACCGGCGGAGAAAGCGCGAAUCCAUUUUUGACGACUGGAUCAGUCCCUACACCUAGCCAAACAUCCUCUGGGGCUAAUGAUGCUACGACUGGACCAUCUGACGCAGGGAGAGUAGCCAUCGCACAUGGAGUUUUGGCUUCCCUUGCCUAUGUCAUUCUCUUUCCUUCUGGUGCGAUCGCAAUUCGAAUUUUUAGUUUUCGCAAUUUGCUAUGGCUACAUGCCGGGUGGAUGAUCACCGCUUACAUGAUUGUACUUGCGUCCGUUGGAAUGGGUGUAUGGAUGGCUUACUCGUAUCAAGCUCUUGGCACCGCUCACUCAAUCACCGGUCUUGUUGUUGCUGGAUGUUUGUUACUUCAACCUAUCUCAGGAUUGACGCACCACCUGCUGUACAAGCGUCAUGGUAGCCGCAAUUUUGCAACUUAUCCACAUGUCUGGUGGGGUCGCGCAAUUCUUAGUCUUGGUAUUAUUAACGGUGGUUUGGGUCUAAGGUUAGCCGAUAACAGCAAAAAGGGUGAGAUUGCGUACGGUGUGAUAGCAGGUUUUAUGUGGACCCUGUGGAUGGCGGCCAUUCUACUUGCAGCAGCAAAGAGCAGAGGAAGUCGUGGAAGUGGUAUGGAUGAAUAUGGAGACUCGGUAAUACGGGAGAAGUCCAGCACGGAAGGAUCGUACUUUCAUGAUAACACAUCGCCGUCUCAAUCCAUGCAGGGAGCACCCAACACUACAGGAUUACCCAUCUCUAAUCGUGCUUAG